AUGGAACCCCUUUCUGCCAUUCUUCUAUCCGUAGCUCCAUACAUUCUAUCAAUCACUGCAUUUCUCAUUUUGCUUGAACAAAUCUCGUACUUAAACAAGAAACGAUCCAUCCCUGGCCCUACUCUUGUCUUGCCGUUCGUCGGAAACGCCGUUUCGCUUGUACGGAAUCCGACUCACUUCUGGGACCUUCAGUCUGCCAUGGCUAAAUCCUCUGGGAUCGGAUUUUCAGCCAACUAUAUCAUCGGAAGAUUCAUCGUCUUUAUCAGCUCCACCGAUCUUUCUCACAAAAUCUUCGCCAACGUCCGUCCCGACGCUUUCCACCUCGUCGGCCACCCAUUCGGGAAAAAGCUUUUCGGUGAUCAUAAUCUCAUUUAUAUGAUGGGCCAAGAACACAAGGAUUUGCGCCGCCGUAUUGCGCCCAAUUUUACACCUAAAGCUUUGUCUACUUACACUGAGAUUCAACAACACAUCAUCCUCAAGCACCUGAAAUCAUGGAUGGAGUCGCCGGAAUCCAGCACCAAAGCUUUUCCUCUCCGACUGCUUUGCCGUGAUAUGAAUUUGGAAACCAGCCAGACUGUUUUCGUCGGACCGUAUUUAAGUGGGGAAUCGAGGAAAAGAUUCGAAGUGGAUUACAAUUUCUUCAAUGUUGGAUUGAUGAAACUUCCAAUUGAUUUGCCGGGAUUUGCUUUCAGAAACGCCCGAUUAGCGGUGUCAAGACUCGUCGAAACGCUGGCGGUUUGCGCCGAAGACAGUAAAACCAAGAUGAAAUCCGGCAACGAUGCCACUUGUUUGGUUGAUUUCUGGAUGCAAGAUACCAUCCGUGAAAUCGCCGCCGCGGAGGACGCCGGAGAAAAACCACCACCGCACAGCAGCAGCACCGAGAUCGGCGGUCACCUCUUCGACUUCCUCUUCGCCUCUCAAGACGCCUCCACGUCAUCCCUUCUUUGGGCCGUCAGUUUACUCGACUCCCAUCCCGACGUUUUGGAGAGGGUUAGAAAAGAAGUCUCCGGUAUAUGGUCACCGGAAUCGGAGAAGUUGAUCACCGCGGAACAGCUGAGAGAAAUGCGAUACACGGAAGCGGUUGCCAGAGAAGUAAUCCGGUACAGAGCUCCGGCGACGAUGGUUCCACACAUUGCCGGCGAAGACUUCCCGUUGACGGAAACCUACACGAUUCCCAAAGGCACAAUCGUUUUCCCAUCCGUGUACGAAUCUUCUUUCCAAGGGUUUAUCGAGCCGGAGCUGUUCGAUCCAGACCGGUUCAUGGAAAACAGACAAGAGGACCGGGUUUACAAAAAGAAUUACCUGGCCUUUGGAGCUGGGGCCCACCAAUGUGUGGGACAGAGGUAUGCAAUUAAUCACCUGGUUUUGUUUAUUGCGAUGUUCACCUCCUUGUUUGACUUCAAGAGAGAGAGAACGGACGGCUGUGAUGAGAUCUCGUACGUCCCAACCAUCUGUCCACGUGACGAUUGCAAAGUUGUUGUGUCUUUGAGAUGUACACGAUUUCCAUCUCUCUCGUGAGUGUAAAAAAAGGUGAUGGAUUUUAUACAAGUUUGAUGGUCAACCAUGGAUGUCUUAUUAUUUGUAGUACCCUUUUUAAUUCUUCAAUGGUAAAUGGGUGGAUUGUUUUUUA